CAGAGUGGCGCAUCUGAGCCGCGUGGAGACUCUAGUUUCCUCCUCUGACGCGCUUCUGCUGCUCACUGAAAGAUCGCGGACCCCAUCUUGGAUCAGGGGAGGUUUUAAACGGGAAAAGUCAAAGAGGCAGGAAAGAAAAACAACAACUAUAAAACGUCGGCAAACCCGUUCGUUUGGACCGGUGGCGAAAAUGACACUCGGUCUGAACUCAUGACAUCUGCUUUUAAGUACUUUUUCGAGACUCGGACGAAGUAAAACAUCAACAGCCGCUGGAGCAGGAGGUUUUCCUCGUCAGCUGGUAAAGUUGUUUUGUAUGUGUUAGCUCGCACAAGAACACCUUUACCUGUCGGACAUGACAUCCGCCAACUCAGAUAUGCCCGAGGUGCUGUCACUGGCCUCAGCCACUGGAUCUCUUUCUAACGUUGUCCCGAAGGCCAACAACAAACGACAGGCCACCUCGGACUAUGACGACGACGAGGGAAGCAAAUUGUUCAGGUGUGAUGAUGAUGAUGGAGGCGGAUCCAAUGACAAGGAGAGGUUUGCCAGGGAGAACCACAGCGAGAUCGAGCGCAGGCGGAGGAACAAGAUGACCGCUUACAUCACAGAGCUGUCAGACAUGGUGCCCACCUGCAGCGCUCUGGCACGCAAACCAGACAAGCUCACCAUCCUGCGCAUGGCAGUGUCACACAUGAAGACGCUCCGAGGAAGCGGCGGCACUGAUGCAGCACAUAAACCCUCCUUCCUCACAGACCAGGAGCUGAAGCACCUGGUUCUGGAGGUGGCUGAUGGGUUUCUGUUCGUGGUGUCGUGUGAAACCGGACGUGUGGUUUAUGUGUCAGACUCUGUCACACCGGUUCUGAACCAGGCUCAGUCGGAUUGGCUCGGAUCGUCGCUGUAUGACCAGCUUCAUCCAGACGACACCGAGAAACUCAAAGAGCAGCUCUCCACCAGCGAGAACAACAACGCUGGCCGCAUGUUGGACAUGAAGACUGGCACAGUGAAGAAAGAGGGCGGGCAGGCAUCUGUGAGGAUGAGUAUGGGCACACGCCGCUCCUUCAUCUGCAGGAUGAGAUGUGGAGUGUGUCCCGUAGAGCCAGUGUCCAUGAACAGACUUCACUUCCUGAGAAGCAGAAACAGGAAUGGACUGGGUCCUCCUAAGGAGGGCGAGCCGCAGUAUGCGGUCGUGCACUGCACGGGCUUCAUCAGGUCCUGGCCUCCUGCAGGAGUGACUCUUUCUGAAGAGGAGGCCGAUAACAAUCAGGGAAACCGUUUCUGUCUAGUCGCCAUUGGAAGGCUUCAGGUCACAUGUUGCCCGAGCGACUCAAACAUAAAUAACAUCAGCGUUCCAGUGGAAUUUAUUUCCCGCCACAACUGUCAGGGCCUCUACACUUUUGUGGAUCACCGCUGUCAGGCGACGGUGGGCUUCCAGCCUCAGGAGCUACUGGGGAAGAACAUUGUGGAGUUUGCACAUCCAGAAGACCAGGGCUUACUCCGAGACAGCCUUCAGCAGGUGGUGAAACUGCGAGGUCAGGUGCUCUCGGUGAUGUUCCGCUUCCGUUCUAAAUCCCGCGAGUGGAUCUGGAUGAGAACCAGCUCGUUCACCUUCCAGAACCCUUUCUCUGAGGAGAUCGAGUACAUCAUCUGCACCAACGCCAAUGUCAAUAGAAGUGCGAAUCAGGACUCCCUGUCCCCCCUCUCUUCCCCUUCACUGGGGCAGAGCAGUCCUCACUGCCCCUCCAUCCCCAGCCCAGGCCAGGUCACAGCCAGGCAGAUGCAGCAGCAGGCCGAGUUAGACGGAGGCAUGGGACGAGAAGCAGCGUAUGAAACCAACCAGGCCACUCUUCCUCAGGGUCCAGUGCAGACUGUAGGUGUGGGCACUGCUGAUCACAACUCUAAGGCCGUGUGCUCCAGUGCCUCUGGUGGACAGCAGGGUUACCCACCAGCAGCGUCUUUCCCCAGCUCUGCCCGUCCCAGUGAGCCCUUCAGGUCAGCCGGACUGGUCCAGCAGAUGGUUCCUCACUCAGCUGGUCAGAUGCUGGCACAGAUGUCCCUUCAGAGCACACCGUCUGGAGUCUCCACCAGCAACAACAGCCCCAUUCAGAACCAGACGGGUCCCACAGCGCCUCCUGGAGUCUGGCCUGCCACACGACCGCCCUUCAACCCACAGGUACACAUUCAAAGUAUUCAGAGUCAGUCUCCUCAGUUCAACAUGGGAGGUUUCAGCUCCGCCCCUACAUCCUCCACCUCCUCUUCCUUCAGCCAGAUGGGCGGGGCUUCUGCUUCAAUGGCCAACACAUCAAAUUACCAACAAAUAAACAGCCACACCAUCCCAUCAACUAAUGGAUUCGGUGACAUGAAUCAGAUGGGAGCGCAGUUCAGCUCCAGGCCUGCAGGGGGAGUGUCAGGCUGGCAGCAGUGGCAAACUCAGCCACACACACAGAGCACUGCAGACACACACCAGCAGCCUCCAAACAACCAGCCAGAGCUGUUUCAGGAUGUGAUCUCCAUGUUGGAUCAAACCGGCAGCUUCAGCAACGAUGAUUUCACCGAGUUGCCCAUGUUUCCUCCAUUCCCCGAGUAGUGAUCCCGCUUCUUCUGUUCCUCCUUUACUUCCUGUUGCUCUCUCACGCGCCAUUUCUGACUCUCUUAACCAAAUCAAUGGCAGAACAGAGGCUUGGCCGGAUCUGGAACCAGAGUGAGACUGAUGCAUUGUGGGAAGGGAAGUUAAAGCCAUAAUGUGAGGAUGCAGUGUAGCGCAGAGACAGACAGACACUCAGGCCGUGCUGAAAUGUUUAAAAUCACGCACAAUUGCACACUUGUAGCACAAGCGGUCUCGCACUGUCUGCCGUACACACACACACACACACAUGCUCAGAUUUAUGAGAUCAGGAGGGUAUGUGUGCCCUGUACACACACACACACACACACUGGUCUGUCUGUGACUGAUUGUGUACCAGUUGCACUGCCUCUUCUCUAACGCCUUGUGACAGAAGAUGUGUGAGAACUGAAUUCAGCUGAAAGACUCUCUGAGAGUCUCAAAUCAGCUGAUCGUGUGAUCCUGAUCUGUAACACAGAAACCGUGGCACGCUUCCCUUCCCUUGUUUUGAAGAGCGUCUGUUCACAGUUGAAGAAUCGGCUCUGUUUCUAUACGAUGUGGAGUUUGAAUUGAAUUGGUUUAACAGGAUCUUGAAUUCAAAAGACGGGAAGAUCAAUUCAAAAUUUACUGAAUUGGAGUUUUGCUUUUUUUUAUCAACAUCAAUUUCUUGAUGUCUUCCAGUGUUUCAAAUGUAAUUCAUACUUCAAAUGUUUUUAAAAAUGACUUUUUUCAAUUUUUAAUGUUACUAACACUUUAUUUUACUUUAUUGUCCUUGUUGCACAUCACACAUACUCACUGUAGUAAACUAUUCUUAAUAACAUGCAGUUAACCCUAAACAGACCCUAUAUCGUGAGU